AUGGCAGCGACGCAAGCGCGAGGCACGCCGCGGGAGCAUGCACGCCUCUUGAAAGAGUUGGCGGACAUUCAGCAGCUGCAGCGAGCUCAGAGCGGCUCGCCCGAUUCGGCUUCGAAUUCCGCAGGAGCUCACGGCGGGGUGUCUGCGCAGGUUGUCGACGGCGACAUCCACAGAUGGCGAGGGUUCAUCGCAGGGCCUCUCGGCACGCCCUACGAGGGCGGGCACUUCACUCUGGACAUUGUCAUCCCUCCGGACUACCCGUACAAUCCCCCCAAGAUGAAGUUUGUCACGAAGAUAUGGCAUCCAAACAUCUCCUCUCAAACAGGGGCGAUUUGUUUGGAUAUCUUGAAGCAUGAAUGGUCACCUGCGUUGACAAUCCGAACGGCUCUUCUCUCGAUUCAGGCGAUGCUUGCUGACCCUGUUCCAACGGAUCCUCAAGAUGCAGAGGUCGCAAAGAUGAUGAUGGAGAAUCACCCUCUCUUCGUGAAAACAGCCAAGUUGUGGACGGAGACGUUUGCGAAGGAGGCGCAGGACUCGCAAGAAGAUAAAGUCAGAAAGUUGACUGAGAUGGGAUUUGCGGAGGACCAAGCGCGGGAGGCUCUGCGGAAACACGACUGGGAUGAGACCAUGGCUCUCAACUCCCUGGUCGAGGGCUCAGACAACACAGAAAAAGACACGGGGAAACUCGCGAAAGAGCACAGAAGGGAGGCUGAGAAGCGCAGGGCGCAAAUCCCUCCUGCACAGCUAAAGAAUCUGGGUCUGUCGACGGUCAAACGCAUCAGCAAAACACGCCGUUCUUGGUUCCUUAUUCUCUCGAGCAUGAUCCAUUCUUCGGCUUUGGAAAUCUCGCAGACCUACAGCAAAUGUCAGGGGGCGGCAUGA